AUGCCCGCUUUCAAAAAUGGAGACCGAGUCAACUACAAGGCAGUUGGCGGUAGGACUCCCAUCGAACACUGUCGAAACUCUCAUACAAACCAAAGCGUCGGAGUAAUUCGAAACGUCUGCACCUCCACGGCUAGCUUGACAGGCCGCAUUGUCGAGGCAUCGGAAGAGGAGCCACACUAUGAGGUCGAGAAUGAGAAUACACGUAAGAGGUCGGCUGUGAAGGAGGGGAACAUUCUUGGUCCUGCGGAGUGA